AUGGCUACAUUGUGGACUGUAGAAGCACAGUUUCUCACAAGGGGGAUUUCCGUAGAUGAGACGAAGUAUGCCCACGUUGUUUCGGCCUUGCAGCCCGAAAUUGCACAGGAGGUUCCGGACAUUCUAAUUGAUCCGCCGACAUCUAACCCCUACACUCGACUGCGAGCUGGGCUGGUACGGCGCACAUCGGUGUCUGAACAGAAGCGUCUUCAGCAGUUGCUUAUCAAGGAGGAGCUCGGGGAUCGCAAACCCUCGCAGUUGUUACACAGGAUGGGUCAGCUUCUCGAGACUGCUAAGAUAGAUGACACAAUCUUUAAGCAGCUCUUUCUCCAGCGGCUUCCCCACCACGUCCAGGCUAUCUUUGCAUCCAGCCGAGAUACUAUGUCUGUCAACUUGCAUCCAGCCGAGAUGCAAAUGUCUGUCAACCAGCUAGCAGAUUUAGCCGACAGUAUUGUAGACGUAGGAUCUGCAGGUUCAGUUUCUUCUGUUCAGCAUGCGCCCUCGUCAGCCUCCGAGAUAGUCCAACUCAGGGAGCAGGUUGACAAGCUCACUGCUCAGGUGAACGCGUUGACCACCCAGCUGGUACAGGAACGUGGCCGAUCCACAUCUAGGCACCGCUCCAACAGCAGUAGACGCCAAAGCAGUAGUAGGAGUGACAAGUAUCCCAUGUGCUGGUAUCAUUUCAAGCACGGCGCCAGUGCACGCAAGUGUCUGCCUCCCUGCCCUUUCCAAGGUCCCCAGCAAUCUACCCAGGGAAAAGCCAGAGCCAGCCGGGACUAA